ACAUGUAGCUUCGUUUUCGCCUCUCCACAACGCCCUCUAACGCUGUAUCACAAUGAAGGUGAUUGUCACGGGAUCCACAGGCUUGGUCGGUAGUGCCCUGCUACGGCAAUGCAUUGCCGAUGACAGAAUUACCAAGGUGUUUGCUUUGACGCGCAAGGCGUUGCCCGACGAGGUCGCCAAAAACCCGAAAAUCGCCGUCAUCAUCCACCAAGAUUUCUCCACGUACCCGGAAGGGCUACUGAGCCAGCUCGCCGGAGCCGAAGGCUGCUUGUGGGCGAUCGGCGGGAGGGCCGACCAGUUUCCCAACGUUGAGACGUACAAACGAGUGCAAGUGGACUACACGCUAGCCGGCGCGAAGGCGUUUUACGAGCAUCUAGCUCCUCAGCUGCCAGAGGGACGUCAGUUCCGCUUUGUCUUUUGUAGCGGAAAGUUUGCAGAGUGGGACCAGACCAAGCCCCUGAAGUUCAUGGCUGAUACUCGCCAUGUUAAGGGUCAAGUUGAGCAAGGUCUCUGUGAGAUUGCUGACACCGACAGGACUGGCCGCUUUGUCGUCUACUGCGCCCGGCCAAGUGGCAUCCUGCCGCCCAACGCCGGUCUUCCUGCCAGGCUCGCUGGCAAGCUGUACGCUGCCAUUGAUGCCGACCGUCUCAGUAAAGCGUUGAUCCGUAUCCUGCUGGAAGGUUACAAGGACAAGAUCAUUGAGAAUAACGUGCUUUUGGAACUUUGAGCGCUGUUUUUGCUCUCCCAAAUCUCUGGUGCUCUAUCUUGUCUUGGCGUUCCUAAUCUUCAUCUAAUCGCACACUACAUAGCUCGCGUGAGCUGAAACUUGGCCCAAGGAAACACCGGAUGUGGUCUAGAACUAGACCUCGGAAUCCUCAAUCAAC